AUGUCGACCACCCGCGAGACCUUGACGAUCCUCCUCCUCGCCCGCAAAGGUAGCGUCCUCGAUGAGACUCGAUCUCAGCUCCUUCAAGGAAGUGCCAACGAGGAAACCUCCCCGUCCCCGUCCCCCUCCUCCCGCCCUGAUCUACGCGUCUACGCCGGAACCACCGUCGAUGAUUUGCGAAGCGCCUUCGACCAGGCCUCUAGAGAGGCCCGCACAAUUCAGCAUGUCUUCGUCGGCGCGGGCUUGGAGCUUGAGCACCGGUUGGAGAUUGUCAAGGAAAUCAUCACCCUCAGCGGGGAUACCUCUGUACAUUUGAAGGAGGCUACUUCUGGGCCCGGGGGUUUCCUUCCCUUCAUUCAGGCUGUGUUAGGUGGCCAGCCCGGGAGAACUUCAGGCCAUUCGCUGUGA